CUGAAAGCUCAAGGCACUAAUUGGGUCACUCACACUAGUAUAUAUUAGAGAAUUGGCCAAUAGUGGGGCCAAAUCAAACUUUUCCCAUCCUAUAAAAACCUCAUUCCCUUCAAGCCACCCUCCUCGUUCUAUAACACCAAACAAAAUUAAUAUAACAAAAAACAAAAUCCCUUUUACUAAGAAAAACUAGCUAUUCUCUCUUUUCUUUUUGUAAUGGAAAGUUUUCAUUCUGGUGAGAUUUCAAGCCUCCAUUUCCUUGUUCCUUCUUCAAACCCUUCUCCUAAUUAUUAUCCUCAUCAUGACCAAUUCAGCAUCAUGAAUAAUAAUAGUAAUGACAUUAUUAUUGAUAACCUUGAUGAUCAUCAUCAUCAUCAGCUGAUCAACAGAUCAUUCUCUAGUACUACUACAACUCCAUUGUUUAACAACUUUAAUAUUGUUCCACAAUCAUCCUGUUUCAGUAAUAACUCAUCUACCUCAGAUGAAGCUGAGGAUCAGCAUCAGCAACUGAGUCUGAUCAACGAGAGAAAGCAAAGAAGAAUGAUUUCGAACCGCGAGUCAGCUCGUCGGUCUCGAAUGAGGAAGCAGAAACACCUUGAUGAACUGUGGUCACAGGUGGUGUGGCUGAGGAAUGAGAACCACCAACUCAUUGAUAAGCUCAAUCAUGUCUCUGAAAGUCAUGACAAAGUUGUUCAAGAAAAUGUUCAGUUGAAAGAAGAAGCCACUGAGCUUAGACAAAUGCUCUCUGAUCUCCAAAUCACAACCCCUUUUCCUCCCAACACUUCCUUCAGAGAUGUCUUAGAUGAUUUGCCAUGUAACACAGCUUAUCUCAGAGCUGAGUCUUCUUCAAAUAAUCAGUCCACCAUCACAACUUCUAUGGAUUUACUUGGUUAAUUAAAUAAUAUAUUAUAUAUAAAGAGGCAAAAUUAAUUAUAUAUAGCCUUUUUUUUUUUUUUUUUUUUUUUCUAAUUUCUUUAUUAUAAUAGUAUUGUGUUUCCUAGAUUUUUACAUUUUCCAACUAGGGACAUCUAAUUAAUUGGUUUCUUUCUAUAUAGAAAUUAUUAGAAAGCCAAUUAAUUAAACAGGUCUUUGCCUGAUCAGUACUACUAUAUAGAUAUGUAUCGAGAUGCCCUGAUGGCAAUAAAUAUAUUCUAAGCAUUUUUGUCUCA